AUGUGCACUUUGGGGCAACAGAAAGAGGCUCGAGAAAUGCUGACUGAGAUGUUAAGGAACAACAUAACUCCUACCACUGAGACCUACAGCAUGUUGAUUGAUAUGUAUUGUAAAGAUGGCAAGGUUGGUGAAGCACGGGACAUUUUUGAAUACAUGACUGGGAUAGGAUUGGUUCCCAAUAUCAUCACUUACACUGCAUUGUUAGAUGAAUAUUGUUUACGUGGUGAGAUGGAUGAGGCUGAAAAGCUUAUGGAUUUGAUUGUUGAAAAUGGUUGCAAACCUAAUGUAGUUACUUACAACAGCUUAAUCAAUGGCUAUUGCAAGUCUAAAAGGAUUGACAAAGCUCUUUGUCUGCUCCAAGAGAUGCAUUUUAACAGAUUAACCCCUAGUGUUAUCACAUACAACAUUCUUAUAGAUGCCUUGUGCAAAGACAGUCAGCUCAAGCGUGCACACCAGUUUUUAAAGGAAAUGGAAGCUCAUGGACUAAAGCCAGAUGUAGUCACUUUGAACUCAUUGCUUGAUGGCAUGUGUAAGAAUGCACAAAUUGACGAGGCAAUUGCAACAAUGAAGGAAAUGGGGAAUACUGGAGUGGUCCCUAAUAUUGUUACAUAUAGUAUCGUAAUGGAUAGUUUGUGUGAAGCUAAUCGCCUUAGAGAAGCGGUGGACAUCUUUUCCUUUCUCACAACUACAGGGGUGCAUGAUGUGCGUGCUUACACUAUAAUGAUAAAAGGGUUUUGUAAAGAAGGAUUGCUAGCAAAAGCCAAUGAAUUAUUGAAGAAUAUGGAGGACAAUGGAUUCUUUCCAGAUGAAUGGACUUUCAAUACAAUUAUUAGAUGGUUUAUAGAUGGAAAGGAUGUUAUGUGA